AUGCAGUGUUUCAGUUUCAUUAAGACCAUGAUGUUCCUCUUCAAUUUGCUCAUCUUUCUGUGUGGUGUGGCCCUAUUGGCAGUGGGCAUCUGGGUGUCGAUUGAUGGGUCAUCCUUCCUGAAGAUCUUCGGGUCGCUGUCGUCCAGUGUCAUGCAGUUUGUCAACGUGGGCUACUUCCUCAUCGCGGCUGGCGCUGUGCUCUUUGCUCUUGGUUUCCUGGGCUGCUACGGUGCUCAUGCUGAGAACAAGUGUGCCCUUAUGAUGUUCUUCUCCAUCCUCCUCAUCAUCUUCAUUGCUGAGGUUGCAGCUGCUGUGGUUGCCUUGGUGUAUACAACAGUGGCUGAGAAUUUCCUGACGAUGCUGGUAGUGCCUGCCAUCAAGAAAGACUAUGGUUCUCAGAAGGACUUCACCCAAGUGUGGAAUCUCACCAUGGAAGGGCUCAAGUGCUGUGGCUUCAACAACUACACGGAUUUUAUAAACUCACCCUACUACGAGCAGCACGGAACAUUUCCUCCAUACUGUUGCAGCGACAAUGUCAACGGCACAGCCACGGAACCCUGCUCCAUGAACGAGGCUGAGAACAGUGAUGUACAGGGUUGCUUCAAACAGCUUCUGUAUGACAUCCGAACCAAUGCAGCCACUGUGGGUGGUGUGGCAGCUGGAAUUGCGGUCCUGGAGCUGGCUGCCAUGAUUGUAUCCAUGUACGUGUACAGUAAUCUGAAAUAA